UUGAAAAAAUAAAAAACGCGGAAGUUUGGUUGAAGUUCGUUGACCAGCUGAGAAACAAAGCGACGAGUUGAAGUUAAACGUCGCAGUUGGAAACUUUGUAUUUGUGUCAGCAGGAAGAGACCCGAGCGCUCCAUCAUGGCCGAAAGUGUUUACGCCCCAACGACAGCUCCGAACCCCAAAUCCUCCUGGUUCACCGUCCCAUCAGAGAAUCUGGAUAAAAUCCGCUUCAUCAUCAAAAUCUUCGAAGUGCUGCUGUCCUUCGUGGCCUUCAUCAUGGAGGAGGUGGUGAACAGCUGCGUCAGCUGUGGCGCCCUCUACUUUUUUGAGUUUGUCAGCUGCACAGCUUUCCUCUUCACCCUGCUGCUCCUCAUCCUCCUCUCCACCACGCUGCACACCAGGACAGGCAUCACCUGCUGGCCCACCCUGGACUUCGUGUAUACCGCUGUCAUCGCUGUGUUGUUCCUCAUCGCCUCCGUCGUUUUUGCUUCAGACAAUGGAAACACGACGAUGGAGAGAAGUGCUGUGGCGUUUGGCUUCUUGGCGUCAGUGAUAUUUAUCAUUGACCUCGGCUUGUUCGUGAAGGAUCGUGGGAUUCCCUUUAAGAAAGAUGCAAAGCAGCAGCCCAGUAACGGCGGCCCGGCGAUAGUGGAGGCUCAGCCUGAGACGGAGAAACUCAACGCUGCAGAAUAAGUCUGUUUCUAUGUUCAUGCGUUUGUUACGCAGAGGUCACAUGAUUUUACGCACUAUUCUUUUACCGUGGCGACAGGAGGUGGAGCGGCCAUUUUGAAAGUCAUUUUAAACUCUGGUUUUAGUCGUUCAUCGCUCAGGACGCUCUGUGCUGCAAUCAUCAACAUAAUCAAUGCUCCAAUAACAAAUCGAUCGCAGUGCAGAGCGUCCGUCAGUUUUUUAAAACCAGCAGGUGUGUUCUGUGUUUAAUUUAACAAACAGGAAGUAGACGUCUCUUCCUGUUUGUUAAAAACCUUUUUGAAAGAAGAAGAGAGACACUAAACCACAGAACCCCUAAAUACUGUAAAGUCUAUUUUUAUCAGAGGUCGACACUCCAGCAACACCUGUAGUAGAACUAGACAACAACUUAAUAACAACACGGACGCGUCUCUGCUCGUGGUGUCACAAUAAUGUUGUUCAGUACACGACACGUGUCGCUGGAGUUUUGACGUCUUCAGAUUUGUUUCCCUUCUUCAUGCACCUUGGAAGUAGGUGAAGCUGUGCCAGAAACCUCCACCCUGCUUCUGCCCUACAGUUUAUUUUUUAAACAGCACAAUGAAUUUAAUCAAUAUAUGGCUUUUCUUUUUUAUUAUUAAAGGUAUACUGUGCAGGAUUGUUGGCUGAACAUGCUCACCAGCGAAAGUAAAAGUCAAGCAGAGAUUCUUCCUGUUUAGUGUUCUGCGUGGCAAUAUUUGCUUUUUUAUUUGUUUGUUUGUUCAUUUUCGGGGCUGUUUCUCUUGGAUGCCUGCUGCGUACCGUCUGGCACCUGGUUGCUACGGUUUUUUAAAAAAAACACAUUAAACACACAUUAAACAUGUCUUAAUAGAGACAGUUUCAAACGCAAAUCAGCUUCACUAUAACUCGCAGCAUUCACAGACAAACACACACUUGUCUUUAUCUGGACACAUUUUCCAAACAAAUAUAACAUGCUAACAUUAUUAGCACAAGCCUAUGGCAUUUUACAUUGUAUAAAUUAGCCUAGCGACUUGCAGAGAUUUCCUCUGCUCAUAUGAAGCCAGGAUAAAUCACACACAGUGUGUGGAGGCUUUAUUGUCUUUGCAAUUUAUUGUUUCUUAUCUGUGAAAUUAAAGUAAAUUAAAGCUUUGUUUCCACUGAGGGAAAUGGUUUCAGCUUACAGAGACAGACAGGAGGUCUGCGUCACCACGACGUGUAAGUUACAUUUCUGGGGAGGUGCACGUCAGGGUACAGCGUAGGUUACAGCUUCAGUUCAGUGCAGAAAUGUAAAUUCUGCCAUAGAGUGGGUCAUAGGUGCUGAUUUAAGAGAGAUUUACACUUACGAUGUAACCGUACAUAGCAGAGGCCGCUAGGCUAAUUCAAACAAUGUAAAAUGCCAUAGGCUUGUGCUAAUAACAUUAGCAUGUUGUAUUUGUGGGGAAAAUGUGUCCAGAUAAAGACAAGUGUUUUGUCUUGUGAGUUAUAAUGAAGCUGACUUGUGUACUUGUGUUUGAAAUUGUCGUAAUCUGAGUCUAUACAUUGUUUGUUAGCAAAAUCCUGCGUAGUAUACUUUUAAAUAUCUUGAAUUUAAAAUUGUCUUUGUCUAAACUUGCCUUGAAACACAUUUAGUUUAAAUUGUCCCCAAAAAUCAAAUUCUGUGUCAUAAAAUUUUCCCAAUUCACUGAACAGUUUUUGGUGUAAGUCGCUGGUUCCCCACCUGUGGGUCAGGACGCUCUGUGGGGUCCAAGAUUAAUCUGAGGGGUCACGAAUGAUCAGAAAGGAAAAACAAAUCACAUUGCACGCAUUAAGCUCCUCAGACCACAAAAAUCUUUUAAAUGAAACAAUCAGAUGAGGAGAGAUCACUGUGGUGUCAGAAACAAUACAGUGUGGUAUUAAUUUUUUUCUGUUCGGGCCCUGACGCCUCAAAAAAGGACAGAUUUCGACAGAUUUUAUAGUUUGUGCUGAAAUGAAGGAACUCUGCUCAACAAAGAAAAUGUGUCUUUAUAAUGAUUUUAAAAACAAUUAAAGUAUCUCCAUAACCAGUCUCGAACAGCAGCAACAAGUCGUUUCUGAUUAUAAGUAAUAAUCUGAAAUAAAACAGAUUAUUGCUUCAACUAGAAUCUGAUGAUGAACAGUCAAACAUUACAUCUCAUUUCUACACAGACCAGCAGGUGGAGCUGUUUGAUUUAACAUCCUCUCCUCUGGACCUGUGCGGAGGGUUUGUUUUUUUCUGCUGCUCAAGUCAAUGCUGCAGAGUUUCUUAACAUGCAUCAAACUUUUCAUCAUUACAAGAAAGGAGACUCUUUUUUUUAAUCCAAAAUCCAGUAAAACUAACUGAAAUAAAUCCUGAGAUUCACUGUGUUUUGACAGAUUCAGUUCUGACACUUUGGGGCUUCCAUAUGUCACAAAAAGACCUGAACGGCCAAAGAUUCAAACACUUUAUUUCUGUUUUCCUCGUGUUAACAAGUUACUUUGGUCAUGAUCUUGAAAUAGAAAAUGUUUUCCCGAGUGACGUGGUAAUUAUCUUGAGAUCUCAAGAUAACGAAGUUCCUGAAAUAAUGAGAUAUAGGUGCCCCAGAUAUAUAAAGCCUUAAUCCUGCUGGAACCUUUCCAUCGUGUGUGGCAAUGUCAGAUGACAAAGAGCAGAUCAUUACAUCACAUUCCUCUUGAGUCAAGGCUGAUUUAUGCAACGUGCUUCAUUAUUUUAUGCCCUGCUGUUAUAGAUUAUAUACACAGUCUUUUUUAUUAGAUUUUUUUAUUUGUACACAUAAAACUGCAUAAAAUCCAAAUAGUAAAAAAGAAAAAAUGACAUAAACAUGAAAAUAACGACAGAGAAAUGCAGAUUUAAUGUUACUGUGGUGGAUAUAUAUCUGCAAAGUUAUAAAUUAAAUAGUGCAUCCUGAUUGUGUGCGAACAGUACGUUCUUCUGACGCGCAGCUGCAGCACCGACUGAAAGUACAAAGAAAAGAAUGUAAUUUCAAACGCACCCUAAAUCUGGAUCAUGUUCGUAGAGACGAGACGUUCAGCCGAACACACCUGAGAUGUUUUUCUUUGUUGAGUUUUCAGACACCAAACAUUCAGCACACAAACAUCACCAAAACCUUCCUGAGAGCCAAAAGCACCUGGUUCACUCUGACGAGGUGGAUAAACAUCUGACCUCUGACCUCCCUGUGGACCAAUCACUUCAUUAUUCCACCACUUUGUUUCCAGCUUCGUUCCUGAAUUGUUCUCUGUCAGACCUUUAAUCUGAAGCAGCCUCGUGACAGAGACGGCUCUGUGUGUUUUUAUUUCGCCUGUUUCCUGUUUCUAAAGGCUGAAAUAUAUGGUUUUGAUAUUGUUUUAUAUUCUCAAGCUUUUAUUGGUUUUGACUUCAUAAUCUAUUUGAUCAUGUUCACAGUUUUUUAUUUUAAAUGUUUUAAUCAUCUUAAUCGCUCUGUGUUGUUUUAGGUGAAUGUUUUAUGAAGGAAAUGUUUCUACAAAUCAUUACAUGAGGAAAAGUAAUCAGCUGUUUGUCAUCCCGUCUGGAUUUUACUGGUCGUAGUUGUUUAGUUGUUUCACUUUUUUUUCUCCUCAGGCGAGACGCACCAGGUGAAAACAUUUUCAUGCACUGGUCAGUUUUGAGAUUUGGGGCUCUUCAGCUCCCGUAUCAAGUCUGGUUUCAGACUAGUGUAACGAAAACAUCCAAAUCACACAUGUAGGUGUUCAUGUCGCAGUCGUUCAGAUUUCUCCUUUUGAAAAUUUUAGCAAAACUGGCAUGUUUAAUAAUAUCUUAUUUGGAUAUUUAAAAAUGCAAUUGCAGAAAACUUUUUAUACAAAAAAAUAACUGUCUUAAUGUAGGGAAGUUUCAUGGUGACAUCUGUAAGUUAAAGUCUUUUCACCUGGGGUGUCUCUCUUUGAUAAAAAGGAAUUUUUACUGUUUAACAGUUUAAAGGAAUUCUUCACCCGAACGUGUCGAUGGUUAAGUUAUUAUACCAACCCAAAAUAUCUUUGUUCAAGGUUAUGGUUUUAAUGGUUUCAGGGUUUAAUCACUUAAAUGAAGGACUAAAAACCAUCACAGACUAUUUCAUGCAGGAUCAUAAUGGGCCCCUGGGCACAGACAUAUAAAGGGCCCCCAAACCCACCUUCAUAAGAGCAAGACCUCCACACUGACCUGUUUGAUUUGAGAGGUUGUUUUGUGUUUCUUUGUGGUCCGCUUUGUCUCUUUUUGUACCAUGUUGUGUGUUUUUUUUUUUUAAUCUAUGUGCAGUUGUUUUAUGUCUCUUUGAGGUCCUGUCAUGUCCCUUUGAAGUUGUUUUACAUGUCUUUGUGGUCAUUUUGAGUCUCUUUGCAGUUGUUUUGUGUCUUUGUGGGCAUUUUGUGUCACUCUGUGGUCGCUGUGUGCCUCUUUGUAGUUGUUUCGGGCCCUUGUGCCUGUGCCAGGUGAUCCAGUUCACGAUGUCUGGGAUCAAAUCAAAAUAAUCACAUUUGGGUGAAAUAUUCCUUUAAUAUUUUGGCUGUGAUUGCCAGCCAAUCACUUGAAGAGUUAAAAUCCCUUCAGCCUCCAUGGUACAAAGAGUUUGUUCAUCACAUUAACACAUUCUGAAAAGUUGAUUUUUUUCGGCUCAUGUUUAAACUUUUAUGCCCAGAAAGUGAAGCGGACUGCAAGUCAAAAACACAAACAACCAACUGCCAUCUGUCCUUCAUGUGUGUGAAAUGUUUCCAAAUGUUUAAAGAUGAAAAGUAUUUUGUUCUUUUGCAUUGUUUUUAAAGAGUGGUCACAUUUUUCUACUUUCACUUUGUGUCCAAUGUCUGAAAUUUGUAAAUUUAGGUAGUAGUGUGAAGCGAGCGCGUCAGAAUCAUGAGAUGUUUGAUGUAACUGUGACAUAAUCAUGAGAUGUCGAGUCUUAAUUUUGACACAUUAAUAAUGUACACUUGUGUUGGACUUCCGCACAGAAGGGACCUGAUUUUGUGGAGAAAAGAUCAUCUGUUAAAAAAAGAAACACACAUCACAGAUUAAAACCACAGAAACCAUCAGAUUUAAUUCAGGGUCCAAACAGUUAACGAUGGACAACGAAAUCUAAGGGUUUUAAUUUUCUAUGUUUGAUUUUCUCUCGCCUUACAGUGACGUUUAUAAUCGUGGGAACAACAUUCUGACAGUCAGACAGUAUAUUGAUAAAUAAUGAUUAAAUACACUGGAAAACCAAGUGGGAAUCUUUUUAAAUAAAGAUAUAUUUUCUCAAUCGCGUCAGUCAGACAAUCCAGAAAUCUGUUUUUAUAUCAAGAUGAUUGACUUUCAUGUUCCAAGGGGAGAUUAUUUUGAAGAAAAUAAAUGUUUUUGUAAUAUAUAUAUUUCCAUGAUAUUUCUCUGUUCUGUGCCUGUAAAAAUAGAUUAGUUUUUCAUCCAGAUUAGUUUUUCAUCCAUAACACAAAAUACUGUAUGAAGGUACAGUAAAGAUUCACUUUGUCUUUGAAAUUUGCUGCAGUUUAAUUUCUGAUUUCAUCAUUGUAUUAUUCUGUCAUGUAAUAAACACAUUUUCAAGAAAUAAA